CUUUCAUCUUCAAACUCUCUCUCUCUACAAAUGGAGACAAACUUCAAACUCAAAAUCUCGAAACUCUUUCAAUCCUCCUUCACCUCUUGCCGGACUAAACACACCUCCGACGUUGUCGAACAGCCGUUUUUCUUCCCCGAAAACCGCCAUCACCGCCACCUCAUCGACCUUUUUUCCCCCAAACCCCAACCCAUUUCCUCCUCAUCUCACAAAUCCACAACCCAAUUACCCUUAACAAAACUCUCCGACGAAAAAAACCAUUUUCCGGCAACUAUAGUCGCCGGAAAACCACAAUCCCACCGAAAAAACCCGAAAUCCACCAAGAAAAAGAAACCCCAUCACCGAAAACCAUUGAAAGUUAAUAAUUUCCAAUCAAGUAUUGAUAACUCCUACUACAACUGCUGCAGCAGUGACGAUGAUGACGAUCAAAUAGACGAUGAAACCACUUUGUUUUCAUCGCGUUCUUUUUCCUCUGACUCAUCUGUUUCUUUUCGAAACAGAGGACAGAGGAAAAAGAACAAAAACAGCGUCGUUGGGGGUGCGUGUAAGGGUCGAAAAGCGACCGAUGUGAUCCCGAUUAAAGGGAAGUUUGUGAAGGAUAGUGUUGCGGUUGUGAAGAAAUCGAAUGACCCGCAUGAGGAUUUUAGGGUUUCAAUGUUGGAGAUGAUUGUUGAACGACAAAUAUUUGGAGAAGAAGAUCUUGAGAAUCUUUUGAAGUGUUUUUUGUCAUUAAAUUCGGAAGAACAUCACAGAGUUAUUUGUCAAGUGUUUACUGAGAUUUGGGAGACGCUGUUUUGUUUCUGACUGGCUUUAGUUAACUUUUAGUGUCUGUUUUAUUCUUCAUGCAGUUUUUUUUUUUUUUUUUAGGGUUUAGGUUAUUGUGGUUAAUUAUUGUUAUCCUGAUUAAAGAAAGUAAUUAGCUUUGUUUAUAGUGAUUA